AUGCGUCUCAGUCUCCUCAUCCCCACCGCCGCCCUCUUCUCCUCCGCCCUCGGUGCUGCCGUCGAGCAGACCAGGUCCCUCCCCGUCCAGCCCAUCUCGCCCCGUCUCCACGGUCUCGACAAGCGCCAAUUCGCCACUCUCAACCUUUGCGCCACCAUCCCGCUCGGCACAUCACUCAUCAUCGACCCUACCGACCUCGGGCUCUUGGCCGCCCUUGGUCCCCAGGAGGUCAACCUCAACGAGAACUUGUGUCUUUGUGUGGAUGACGGUCUCCUCACCGGGACAUCGCUCGACACCCUCGAGCUCAGCCUGAUCAACAACUCGGGCCUCAGCGCGGUCCUUCUCGGCUUGGACACUAACGUCCUUGUCCCGGUCGUUGCUGCUGCCCUCGUCAACAUCCUUGGCACAUCUCAACCCACCACUCCUCGAUGCGAGUACCCCGCCGGCGCCAUCCCUACCAGCUGCACCACCUGCGACUUUGACUGCGACGCUGCUGCCGGCUUCAUCAAGUGCGGCACCACCUGCUUCGCUGGCGCCGUCUGCCCGUCCGCCCUCGUUGGUGGUAGCCGUCGUCGUGAGCUCCCCCGUGGCCAAGCCGCCAACCUCCUCUGCCCCGCCGAGAUGACCGCCUGCGCCCUCCCCGUCGCCGCUUCCACCAAGUGGGCCCGCAACUUUGAGUGCCUGGACACCACCAAGAACGUCGACACUUGCGGCGGCUGUGAGUUCCCCCUCCCGGACCAGCCCAAGGGCGUCGACUGCACCAUCAUCCCCAACACCGAGAGCGUCUCGUGUGUCGCUGGCAAGUGCGUCGUCCACGGUUGCGCCGAGGGCUUCGUCCUUGUCGAGUCUGCCUGUGUGGCUGUUUAG